GUAUAGCUGGGAUGCUCUACAGCCUUGAACCUUCUCUGAAGAUUAAGCUGACUCCUGAUUAUAUCAAAAGUAUCAUUAUGGAUACGGCCACCAAAGGUGUCAAGGACAGUAAAGGGGUAAAGACUCUCUCAUUCGGCCGCGUGAAUGCUGCGGCGGCUGUUAAUAAGAGUGACUUGAAAGAGUGA